GACAUCACAGGCCAUGGAAGCCAGCAGGCCGGGAUCUGGAACAUCGGAACAGGAAAGGCUAGCCUCACAGAGGCUGUUUGGAGCAGGAACUUGAGGACUGUGUCCUCAGCCCACCUCCUAGGGCAUUUCCUAGCCACACAGGGGACUUUCAGGAUUGGGGACCUCGAAGUCCUUGAAACUAUUUCUCUUUUUGUUUUCUACACAAAUGUUAUACUAACUUCUCUGAGAGUUGGAGGCCGUGAGCCCAGGAAGAGGUGACCUUGGCAGAUGGAAACCGAAGGUGUGUGGCUCUCCUGGAGGUAGUGGGGGCAUGCAGGGAAAACCAGCUGCACAACUGGACUGUUGCCACAAGACCAAGGCACUGGGCGACUCGGGGGGCUCCUCGGCCCCCCGCCUGGACCAGCUCCGCCAAGGUGACCAGGUCUCCUCAGCCCACGGGCCACUUCCAGACACAAGGGAUGCUCAUGGCUCGGCCUGUACCAGCUGGCCCUGCCCCUUGACAUGGGAACCAGCCAGGCCCUCCCUGCUGGCCUGCCCCCCUUGGCUGGACCUAUUCUUGUACCCCCUGCACCCCUGGGCACAGCUGGCACCCCUGCACACAGCCCCACAAGAUCUCAGAGAGGACACCUCAACUAUGAGUAAGCCCAGGGCACGGGCUGGACCUGCACCUUGGUGGAGGACUGGGGGACGCAGACACGAUGAAGAGCACCAGGCCCCGGGGCUGCACGCCAGCUCCACGGGUGAUGAAAAGCUCACAGCCAAGUACCCAGUAAGCCGCGACAAGACGGAAAGGCAGCCCGAAACAGCUGGCCAAGGGGCCCCCUGCCUGGCCCUGGCUCCUCAAAACAGCUCCCAUCCAACCACCCAGCUGAACAGAAAGAGCUCUGGCCCGGGCGCGUUCUGCCCCCGCCCUGCCCCCACCCCCAUCUCCAGGGAGCUCCCCCUCCACUUCCUCCCCUUCUACCCCCGCUACCCGCUUCUCCUGCCUCCACCUUACCUGUUCACCUACGGGGCCCUGCCUUCUGUCCAAUGUCCCCACCUCUUCGUGCUGCCCCAGGGCGCCACCUACUCCACCCUGGCUGCACCCAGCUUGCUGACCACGGCCACUGCCCCCGAGCACCCCAACACCCCCCGAGGGGAGACCCUACUUCUCAACCCUGGGGCCUUCCAAGCUUCUGGCCCCACCCUGCCUUCCCAGACCCGGGAUCCAGGCCCUGGAGCUGUCCCAGCCCCCUCCCCGGGAACGGAGCGUGCUGGCAUGCCAGCUCCAGCGAAGCGGGCCUCAAUGGGCCCCCGGGUGGGCACCGCAGCUCUCCCCUACCCGCUGAAGAAGGAAAACGGCAGAAUCCUGUAUGAGUGCAACGUGUGCAGCAAGAGCUUUGGGCAGCUCUCCAACCUGAAGGGCCGUCGGCAGCGUUUCUCCCACACCUGGCCCAGGUCCACCUGCGCGUGCACAGCGGGGAGCGGCCGUUCCAGUGCGCCCUGUGCCAGAAGAGCUUCACCCAGUUUGCCCACCUGCAGAAGCACCAUCUGGUGCACACUGGGGAGCGGCCCCACAAGUGCCAGAUGUGCCACAAGUGCUUCAGCAGCUCUAGCAAUCUCAAGACCCACCUGCGCCUGCACUCCGGGGUCCAGCCCUUCCCAUGCAGGGUCUGCCCGAGCCGCUUCACCCAGCACGGCCAUCUGCACCAUCUGCUGCACGCUCCACCGCCCUGCAGCCUGGUUUACUCCCACCUGCCCCUGGCCUCUCUCACCUGCCUUGCCCAGUGGCACCAGUGAGCACUGGAUCUUGUCGGGGAGCCCUCAGAGAAGCCGAUGGGUCGGGAUGUGGACAGGGUUCAGGUGUCCUCGGUACUCCAGGGAAAGCAAGGGCAGCCAGCCUGAGCCGGGUCUGCUCAGGGGAGAGGGCAGGGGCAGAGCAAUUAAAGGAUUUUCAAAAUGAUGA